AUGGCUGAGCUUCAAAUCGAGUACGGUAAAGUGAGUUGUAAAAAUUUAGGAAACGGAUACUCAGAAAAUAAUUCUGAUGUGUUAUUGAAUUCAUUACAGUUGAUUCAAAAAUAUAAUUAUUCUGCUGAAGAGCAUAUCGUAGUUACUAAAAAUGGAUACCAAUUAAAAACAUUUCGUUUACCGAACAAAGGACCUCCAGUUUUGUUAGUUCACGGAAUUGGUGACAGUUCUGACUCUUGGUUAGUGCUCGGACCGCAAUAUUCUUUAGCCUAUCUUUUAGCAGAUGCUGGAUUCGACGUGUGGCUUUUCAAUGCUAGAGGUAACAGAUACAGCAAAAAACACACAGGAAAACCGAGUCGAAAAUCAUACUGGAAUUUCAGUUACGAGGAGAUCGGUUCUGAAGAUGUACCUGCUACUAUAGAUUAUAUACUUUCAACAACAAGACACUCAAAACUAACGUAUAUUGGGUUUUCUCAAGGGACAACAGUAUUUUUCGUGAUGUGUAGUUUGUUACCUGAAUAUAAUUCAGUGAUUAACCAUGCUAUAUUAUUGGCGCCAGUAGCGUGGAUGAAAUAUAUAAAGUACCCUUUGAUUGACUUUUUUUCUCAAAAUUUAAAUAACUUGAUAUCAUUAGAUACAAAACUGAAGGUGUACGAAGUUUUCCCUUUUAACAUAAAUUUGAAUAUCUACCACUCUUUAGUGUGUAACGUACAUUCUCCGUUUAAAUUAUUAUGUGAAUUGGAAUUAUUCGUAAAUUUUGGACUAAAAACGUUUACAAAUUUAUUACCUGACCGUUUGCCAAUUAUAAUGAGUCACAUACCCGUCGGUACAUCGUCGAAAACAUUUUUUCAUUUUAUUCAGGGGUAUGGAACAAAAAGGUUCCAGAGAUUCGAUUAUGGAAUAGAAAAAAACCAAAAGGUUUACGCAUCGUCGUUGCCUCCUGAAUAUGAUGUAUCUUUAAUAACAGCACCAAUGACUUUAGUUGUAAGUGAAGAAGACUGGUUCAGUGAUACCAACGAUGUAGAAAUAUUAAGAAGUAGGCUUAAAACUGUAGAUAAGUAUGUUGUUAUUAAUAAAUCUUUACAGUUCACACACCUUGAAUUUGUGUAUGGUUCUCGUGUGAAUACAAUUAUUAACAAGCCAGUGAUAAAUAUUUUAAAAACUUUAACGAGUAGGUAAUAUUGUUCUUACUAUUACUUAAAAUUAAUGGAGCCUUGUACUUAGGUAGGUACCCAAAUUAUUUGUAGUAUUUUACCAUUAGUAGUAAGAAUACGUAGUAAGACUGAUUUUAAUUUAAAUAGUUUGAUUAUUGAAUUAUUUUAAUAAAAUUUUG